GCUAGGUUUUCUGGAAGCUCCGUGGAGCUGAACAUCCAGGCACACGGGCGACAGUGGCCGGGAAAAAGACAUAAACCAACGGCUCGAAAAGUAUUGCCGAGCGGAGGAGAAAGAAGCUUCUCAAUUGUAUAUUUGAGGACUUCAACCCGCCCGUCAGUUCCACGGCAAGAGGACUGUGAGUGUGCAUCCCAGAAAACACCGAAGUGUAACCCGUGGCUGCUCGGGAAGUGAGGAACGCUUUAACCCACCUGGUUCAGCGCUGUUACCCGAGCCUGAUGUCUACUGUCCACCGGGUCUGUCCGGGCAUUUCCUCCUACGCAUAGCGUUAAAAGCGGCAUAACAGUCGGAACCACUGACGGGAGCGUACGGCAGCGUAGUGGUGUAUUAUCAUGUUUGUUUGACAACCACGUAUGGUUUGCUUCUUGAGACGGGAGUACGAUACCGGGAAGCGGUGGGAAAGGCGGGGCCGAACCGGCGGACUCCCAAACUGGAUUAUUGAGCUCCCCCUGUGCCGAUUCACCCUCAGCGACGCAGCGUUCUUUUGGGGGGGCGGGGGGUCGACGAAGGAGGCAACAACUGGAAUUUAGAAACCUUUCUUUGGAACUCUUUACCGACUGCCCUGUCGCUGACGAUACGAGUGCUGUUUUGUCACUUAGUGUUAUUUCUGUCAAACGGUUAGCUGCCUGUGGCCUUCGAUUUCCCCCAUUUAGGAGCACAAUCAGGUUUAGGACGCAUAUUUUGGGGAUAAUUCUUUCCCCAGCCGGGGUCGGACUAUGGCGGACGACGACAUUCUCUUUGAAGAUGUGUACGAGCUCUGUGAGGUCAUUGGCAAGGGUCCCUUCAGCGUGGUGAGAAGAUGCAUCAACAGAGAGACGGGGCAGCAGUUUGCUGUCAAAAUCGUAGAUGUGGCCCAGUUCACCUCCAGUCCUGGACUCAGCACAGAGGAUCUGAAGAGGGAGGCCAGCAUCUGCCACAUGCUGAAGCACCCCCACAUUGUGGAGCUGCUGGAGACGUACAGCUCAGAUGGGAUGCUCUACAUGGUGUUCGAGUUUAUGGAUGGGGCAGACCUCUGUUUUGAGAUUGUGAAGAGGGCAGAUGCUGGCUUUGUCUACAGCGAAGCAGUGGCCAGCCACUACAUGAGGCAGAUCCUCGAGGCGCUACGCUAUUGCCAUGACAACAAUGUCAUCCACCGAGAUGUCAAGCCUCACUGUGUGCUGCUGGCGUCCAAAGAGAACUCGGCUCCAGUGAAGUUGGGGGGGUUUGGAGUGGCCAUCCAGCUUGGAGAGUCGGGACUGGUGGCAGGAGGUCGGGUGGGGACCCCACACUUCAUGGCCCCGGAGGUGGUGAAGAGAGAGCCGUACGGUAAACCAGUGGACGUGUGGGGCUGUGGAGUCAUCCUCUUUAUCCUCCUCUCAGGGUGUCUGCCUUUCUACGGCACCAAGGAGCGUCUGUUUGAAGCCAUCUGCAAGGGCAAAUACAAGAUGAAUCCCCGACAGUGGGGCCACAUCUCAGAGAGCGCUAAGGAUCUGGUGAGGCGCAUGCUGAUGCUGGACCCUGCUGAGAGAAUCACCGUCUACGAGGCCCUUAACCACCCCUGGCUCAAGGAGAGGGACCGGUAUGCCUACAAGAUCCACCUGCCAGAGACUGUGGAACAGCUGAGAAAGUUCAACUCCAGGAGGAAGCUCAAGGGAGCUGUUCUGGCUGCAGUGUCCAGUCACAAGUUCAAUUCCUUCUAUGGUGACCCCCCUGAGGAACUUCAUGACUUCUCCGAUGACCCUACCUCCUCAGGACUGUUAGCAGCAGAACGGGCUGUGUCUCAGGUGUUGGACAGUUUAGAGGAGAUCCACGCUUUGACAGACUGCAGUGAAAAGGAUCUAGAUUUCCUCCACAGUGUUUUCCAGGACCAGCAUCUACACACACUGCUUGACCUCUACGAUAAGAUCAACACCAAGUCGUCUCCACAGAUCAGGAACCCCCCCAGUGAUGCCGUUCAGAGGGCCAAAGAGAGUUCCUCCCAAGAUGAAGCAAGUGGCGCUUUGAAACAUCUGGAAUAUGUUCUGGAAGAAAUCUCCUGCUACCCAGAGAACCACGAAGCUAAAGAACUCAGACGGAUACUGACCCAGCCGCAUUUCAUGGCCUUGUUGCAAGCCCACGACGUGGUGGCCCACGAGGUUUACAGUGACGAGGCUCUGAGGGUGACCCCCCCGCCCACCUCGCCUUACCUGAACGGAGACUCCCCAGAGAGCACCAACGGAGACAUGGACCUGGAGAACGUCACCAGAGUCCGCCUGGUCCAGUUCCAGAAGAACACGGACGAACCAAUGGGUAUCACGCUGAAGAUGAAUGACUCAAACCACUGCAUCGUUGCAAGGAUAAUGCACGGGGGAAUGAUCCACAGACAAGGAACGUUGCAUGUAGGAGAUGAGAUCAGAGAGAUCAACAGCAUCAGUGUGGCCAACCAGACUGUGGAGCAGCUGCAGAAGAUGCUGAGGGAGAUGCGAGGCAGCAUCACAUUCAAAAUAGUGCCAAGCUACAGGACACAGGGCUCUUCGUGUGAGAAAGAGUCCCCCACCACCUCCAGGCAGUCCCCUGCCAAUGGCCACUCCAGCAUUAACAGUUCUAUCUUGGACCUGCCAUCCACCAUUCAGCCCAAGGGUCGACAGAUUGUAUCCAGACCUCCAAUCAAGGACAAAAUGUCUGUUAAGAUCUAUGUGAGGGCUCAGUUUGAAUACGACCCCUCCAAAGAUGAACUCAUCCCCUGCAAGGAGGCCGGCAUCCGCUUCCGGGUGGGUGACAUCAUCCAGAUCAUCUCCAAGGAUGACCACAACUGGUGGCAGGGCAAGCUGGAGAACACAAAAAAUGGCACGGCAGGCCUCAUCCCGUCGCCGGAGCUGCAGGAGUGGCGAGUAGCAUGUAUAGCCAUGGAGAAGACCAAGCAGGAGCAGCAGGCCAGCUGUACCUGGUUUGGCAAGAAGAAGAAGCAGUACAAAGACAAGUAUUUGGCAAAGCACAACGCAGUGUUCGACCAACUAGAUCUUGUCACAUAUGAAGAGGUUGUGAAGCUUCCUGCCUUCAAGAGGAAAACACUAGUUUUGUUAGGUGCCCAUGGAGUGGGCCGAAGACACAUCAAGAACACACUCAUAACCAAACACCCGGACAGAUUUGCCUACCCCAUCCCACACACAACCAGACCUCCAAAGAAGGAUGAGGAGAACGGGAAGAACUAUUACUUUGUCUCCCAUGACCAGAUGAUGCAGGACAUCAGCAACAACGAGUACCUUGAGUACGGCAGCCACGAGGACGCCAUGUACGGUACGCGGCUGGAGACCAUCCGCAAGAUCCACCAACAGGGACUCAUAGCUAUACUGGAUGUCGAACCUCAGGCCCUGAAGGUCCUGCGGACAGCAGAGUUUGCCCCAUAUGUCGUUUUUAUCGCUGCACCAACUAUUACUCCAGGCAUCAAUGAGGACGAAUCUCUCCAGCGGCUGCAGAAGGAGUCCGAGAUCCUGCAGAAGACCUACACCCACUACUUCGACCAGACCAUUAUCAACAACGAGAUCGAUGAGACCAUCAGGCACCUGGAGCAGGCCAUCGACCUGGUGUGCACCACCAGCCAGUGGGUUCCUGUGUCCUGGGUCUACUGACCUGCAGUCCCCGACCACCUCCACUUCCUUCUCCCUUCCCAACAACGACACCUCAGCCUAACUCCAUCAUUCUCUCUUCAAAAUAAGAAUAAAUAAAAAAACUAUUGAAACAAGGCAAUGGGAAACCUCUCUCUACACUGCACUUGAUUGAUAACCCCCCUCAGCGAACUGAACUGAAAGCGAGCGCAGGAUUCUUUCCUCUUGAACGCUGCACAAAAUGAUUGGACUCUUGCCCUGACAGACGACCUAGUCAUAGUGUUGUAUAAAAACAGAGUAAACAAAAGUGAAUAUUGUCAUGUCUGUACUAGCUAGGAGGCAACAUUUUUGUAGAUGUUUGUUUUAAAGAGACAGUACUGCGUCCCGUCCUGCCAUGAUAAUGCACUGCUGGUCUCCAACACAACCUUCCCAUCACAUAGACCUGUUGGGUGUGUACUGAACCAUCUGUAGACAGACACUGUCAGUGGGUAUUCUGUGGAUCAGCAGACUGAAGUAAAAGCACACAAACACACUGCAGUGUUUAUAGAUCACAUCACCACUCCUCAUUCUGUGUUCAUUUUUUUUUUUUUCUGAGCUGUAAGGCUGCGUUCGCAUCUUAUUGUUACCCUUCGGUACAGUUACAGUAUCACCACGCACACACAUGCACCUUUCCACCCACCAGGUACUGUCUCUUCUAAAUAAAUCCAUAAAUGUUUUAGAGAUUUGAAUGAGGUUAUCAUGCAUGUGGACAUUUGUAAGCUUCCAUGCUGUCAGUCAGUCAGUGUUCCCAGUGUCCCUUCAUAAACCUCCAAGAAAAAAAAGAAGACACAAACAUACAUAUUAAAAAACAUUCCAUCUGUUUGGAAGACUGCACUCAGCCAAGGGAAGCAAGAGGGGGCAAGAAAAAAAACUAACCACGAUGGAGCCGGACUUGACACCUAUGCACAUCCCUUGCAUUUUGGGUGACAUUUCUAAACCACAGAUUUCUAAAAAAAAAAAAAAAAAAAGAGAGAAAAAAAAAAAUUGACCAUGUAGUGAGAUGUGUUUGUAAAGAAAAAUCGAAUAAAAUUUUUCCUCUUGCUGAUUUGUCAUUCGCAAAAAAAAAGGAACAAUUUCACCAUCUUCCUCAUUUGCCAUUUCAGAAAUGUGAUGUCCAAGAGUAUUAGUGUUUCAAUCAAGUUUAAAAAUCCACAAGAGAUGAAAUGCUUUUUUUUAUUCUGAAACUGUGUAACUGUCUGCGAAGGAAGUGUACACUAUAAAUUCUGCAAAGGCCACUACUUUGCAAGUGAAGAGGAGGCAGUGUGUGCAUCUAUAUAACCAUGUAUAUGAAUAUGACAUACAACUGCCCCUUGUGUAAAUUACUCUGCAAUGAUAAAGGUUCUUCAGUAUGAACAAUUUUUUAAAUAUAUUUCCUUUUAUGUGUUGGAAAAGUGAACCUUG